CAACUCACAGUGAACCUGCUCAGGUGUUGGGGUGUGGAACCAGGCGGACUGGCUCUCUCAGUCAGGGUGAAAGUCACUCCUGGCAGGGACUGUUGUGCUGCUCUCUGUCUUAAUCUACCGGGAACCUGUGAAGCAUGAACAUUAUAUUGCCAAGGUGUUCCCGCGAAGACAGCCAGGCAACUUCAACGGCUGUUCAUUGACCUCAGGCAACUUCAACGGCUGUUCAUUGACCUCAGGCAAUUUCAACGGCUGUACAUUGACCCUAGGGAACAACAGCUUCGCAAUACAUCACUUCCACAGGUAUAAAGGCCUCGGCUGUGUUUAGAAAAUAAUACAUGCAAAUAAUUACAAUAAAAUAUGGGAUAGGAAGCAAAGAUCAGCAGUCGAUAACAGGCACCUCGGCUUACGACGUAAACAGCUGUUUAACCUCAGAGAUUCAUAAUGUGGGUUUAUUGUUAUCUAACUAUAUAUUGCAAUGACGACAACACACAUUUUAGUGGUGGUGUGAGGAUGUUGACAUACACAACUGAAAGAAUAUUCAAAGUUUAAGAUAUUAAUUAAAAAAAAAUGAAGGACCAUGGCUGGCAAACAGUGUUUCUCCUGGCGUCCAUCUUCUUCCUCACGCUAAGGGGAAACUUAGCUACUCCUGGCCAACAGAAGGUCCCGGAGUAUAAAGAUACUGUCGUGGCGAGAGAAAUCUCUUCCCUCGCCGCACUAAACUGUGGACGGAAUUGCAAGACGGAUGGGAAUCUUGAUCAUCCUACAUUACUGAAAAAUGGCAGUGGCGAUCCAGCCACUGGCUCUACUUCUGUUGGCCACCACAAUGGAGGGAGACACGACAGGGAAAUACCAAAGGAGAGACCCCUUCCGGAGGGAUCCCCUACAAAUACAAGCAGCGUUUCCCAACGUUCUGCAGACGACCCUACCUUCAGGAAAUUGAGGCUUCUGCAGGAGAGUGGCCGGCCGUUUGGAAGUCAUCCUCUGCCGCCCCUGGAAGCCUUUACUACGGACGGAGAUGCUCACUGGGUUGGGUACUUCUGCGAGGAAGCAGUGGCAGCGGUGCAGCAGACAGAAACUGGGACCAUGGUCCGCUGUGUGGUGCAAGAAGUCAUGGAGAACUGGGAGCAGUGUGCUGCCCGUCAGUACCUUGGGAGCGUCAUGCCCCUGAUACCCAUGCCCCUCUCCUCCAUGAUGCACCUCAUCACCCUCUGUGGCAUCCUAAACAGCCCCUCGUUUAUGGUACACGAGGGCACCACCACAGUUCCAGAUCCAUUCAACUCGUGGUGGUUGGGUCCUACGACGUCAGCCUUAGUGGGUAUCUUGCCUGGGACGCUGUGGUGCGGGAAGCGGGACCGAGCCACCUACUACCACCAGCUGGGCCAGAGGGCUCAGUUGGACGACUGUUGCAGAGCUCAUGAUCACUGUCCCAUUAAGGUCCUUCCACUUGCCACCCGGUACGGCGUCACCAACUUCGGCUUCGCCACCAAAUCACACUGUGUAUGCGACCUGGAGUUCUUCCGCUGCCUGAAGGCCACCAAGGACUCGCUGGCAACCACGGUCGGCCAGCUCUACUUCAACCUCCUGAAGAUGCAGUGUUUGAACACCGUCUCUCCCGCCCCUCAAGGCCCCGGUUACCCAGCGCCUACGGGAACAUACAGUUCCCAGCCACUGGAGACUAUACCAGAAGUCGAAGGACGCCACGAUCCCCAGCAGGAACCCUCUGGCCGAACGCUGAAGGAGGAAGAGGCUGCUUCAGGGUCCCGGUUAGAGUGCUCCUACAGGGACGUGGAUGGAGGGUGUCGAAUGUGGCACAUGAACCCGAAAGGUUUUACGGUGCGAUAUGUUGUGCAGUCCUUGAACCUAAGGUUCUGAAGGAUUUAAAGUGGUCUAUUAUACUCUUGAUUUGUUCAUGUUCAUCAGUCAAAUCUACAUAAUAUUGCCAUCUCAGGACUUCUUAAAUCUCUUGGAGGGAAUCCUUGAAUGUUAAUAUUUUUGUUUUAAAGUGGGUAGUUUAAUACUGGUGCAGCGACUUGGUAGUAUUUUGAGAGGCAAUGGUCAGAGAUCCUUGUGCUAUCUUUUUAUUGACGGUUACUGCUGUUUUUUUUAUUAUUGUAUCUAUACAUCACGUCUUACCGUUUCAAUUCGAAUAUCCUUUAAAUUUAUUAAAGUAACGUUUUAUCGGCUAUUAAUUUGCAGCAUUUUAAUUAUUUUUAGUUCUGGUCGCCGCCUGAUGAGAAAACUCGUUCCAUAAAUCUUGCUAGAAGUAAACAUAUUCUGCUUGCCCCAACGCCUAGCACCCAGACUCGACGCAGGGAUGUGGUUCGUUUAUAUGUAUUUUAGAACUCUUCCUCCCUGAAGAAUAAAACCAAUACUGACAUGCAUAUAUUUCCCACAAAUAGAACAAUUUUGAUGUUCUUAUCUACAUCGCGCAAAUUUCUGGAACUAGUUUUCGUAACAGUGACAUCUGAAACAUAAUUAUUCAAAUAAAUCUUGCAAAAUAAUGCCAAAUAGGCAUUUAAAAAAAUAUUCAGCACUGCUAGGUGAGACUUAAUUAAAUUUUUCACAUUGUUAAUCGACAAAUAUUUGCAUCCUUCAUUUGCGUUAUUUUAUAGCACAGUAUAUAGUAAGGUCAUUGCACAAUUUGGUGCCUAUGCACGUGUUUGGACGUGUUUCCAAUUUGAAUGAAAUAUGUAAUGAAUUCGGAAACAGAUUUUACAAGUAUAAAAAAUGUGGAAGGAUUUUUUUUUUUUGGGGGGGGGGGGGGGAUAACUGUUAACCAUUUUGGACGAAGAAAAUGAAGGCAUCUGAAGAUAAUUGUCUAAUACAUUUAAGGGCAGCAUCUAGAGGAACGUACCAGACACGUUCAAUUUGGGUCGUAAGCGUUUACGACCUAUUAGCAGUCGCUUAAUCUGACAACUGAACAUGUACUCUCGGCACAUUUGUCACAACUGCAUUGCCUGCAAGUGUAUACUUGUUUACAAUUAUGCACCAACAUUGGUGUAUAUUACUUUGAAGUAGUGUACAGAUACGUUGUUCGUAGUUAUAAUAAUCUACCCUUCCCUUGUGUAAACUUAUUUACAAACGAGUAUAGACUUGCCUAUAGUGUGCUCACCCCGUGUUAGAGCAUGGCUUUGGUGCCAUCAUACGACCACAAUUUUGUAUAUUUUUAUAUAAAGGAUUUUUAAUACAUA